CAGUAUACUCUUUCUGUCUUUGCAAAUGCCUCGAUGGAUUCAGCCUGAUUGAUUGUAAUGAGUUUGGGGAGCUCAAACAUGGCUGGAGGUGCACUGGGAACAGCCUUCUCGCUCCUGUUUCUUGCUUCUAUUAUACAAGGGCUCCAGGAUGUUGAGGUGUUCCAUUAUGAAAAGAUGGAGGCAGUAGUGGGCCAGAACGUUACCUUACCUUGUACUGUAAAAGGCAGUACUGAUCUCAAGAUCGUCAGUAUUGAAUGGAGAAAGAACAAAAAUGAAGAAACAAAGCUGGUUCUGUACAGCGAAAAGUUUGGAAUCUAUCAAUUUUGGCCUAAUGUCACCAUGCAGAUUGAGAACACGUCGAUGGGCUCCCAUCUCCACCUUUUCCAGGUGACAAAAUGGGACAGUGGUUUUUAUAUUUGUGACAUCACAAGUUUUCCCCUGGGCAACAUCAGGAGAGAAACCGAGUUGGAGAUCAAAGAUGAUGUUAAAAUAAUGUGUGAUAUGGAUCACACUGUUGAGGUCUAUACUGGAAAAAAUUUGACCAUUCAAUGCAGAGCAUUCCCUGAUGCACAGUACAAGUGGACCAAGAACAAGAUACUGGUGUCAGAGAAUGCAUCUCUGGAGCUCUGGUGUGUGACUGAGGCUCACACAGGGGUUUAUACACUGACUGUCAACACAGGAAACAAAAGUCUGCAUCAAGAGUUUAUCAUCACAGUGCUAACAGCAACCACAAGCUUAAGGACAGAUGUUGUGACAGUGUCACCACAGUCUAAUGCAACUGCAGAGGGUUUGACUGAAUCAGCAGACAGCAGCUUUACCACAACACCGACCACUGGGCUUUCAACCACUGACAGUAAUGCAACUUGGACCAUAAGUAUGGGCACAGCUGUAGGCGAUGAUAAUCCAAACUCCAGAAAUGUCACAGAUGGAGAGCAUAUGACGUCUUUAACAAAUUCUACACAUGUCAGUGUCACGUCAUCCCCUGCCACACACACUGAUCCCUAUCACUUCAACAACUCCACGGACCAGGAGAUAAACCCGACUCACAAUUUAAACACAUCUGAAGGAUCAGUGGCCAGCAAUCUGAACACAACAUUAAGUUAUGAUAAUAAAGUGUUCAGAUCAACACAGGACACAAGGAAUGCGUCCAUGGGAGGCAAUCCUGGUGCCACCCCAACUCUGGGGACUGUAAAUACAAUGAUGCCCAUUGAUAAUGAAGAUACUGCUGGUGUACGGAGACAUCUGUUGUUGCUGUUAAUCAUCGUUACAUUGAUUGCUGUGGUUGGCUUUCUCUACAGAAGAAAACUUAUAAAGGACAGGAUGGAUCUACCGCCUCCAUUCAAACCCCCUCCUCCUCCAGUAAGGUAUACAGCUGCAAGACACCAUGAUAUUUCAACACAACAAUUCCCCACUUCAAGAUGUAACUCAGUGACAGAACUUAAAGAUAUGAAACAAAUUAAUAUGUAUAUAUCUUAAUAUAUAGUGCCUGAUAUAUUGCACAAUGACAGCAUGCAGUCAUUGUGGGGAUCUGUGGGAGGCUGUAUCCUAACUUUGUUACAUGCAGAAUUAAGGUAAUACUUGCAGAUGUAGACAGUAUCAAAGUGCAGUUACAACACAGUUGCAGGCAAUUGUACAAAUGUGGGCUGUGUAUAUCUGGGGUGGUUUUUUUUUUUAUUUUUUAAAUGUAUUAAAUUUUACCAUACAGUUUCUAACAUUUGAAAAUAAAAGCUGGUUUAUUUUGUCUCUAAACUGACUUUGAGCUGUUGCACUGCAGGUGCUUGUGUUAUUUACAUUCUUGCAAUAUUAUAUAUUCACUGUGACUUUUUGAUGAAGUCCCAGCUAUUGUAUCUUACGCAGCAGUAAAUAAGCAUCGCAAUACUUAGAAACAUAACUGUUGGAACUAUAUGGCAGAUUUACUUCCUUUAAGGUAAUUAUGGCUUCAUCUGUUAAGCCUGUGAUUUAGGAUUUCUUGCACAGAAGCCCAAUGUAUUUCUCUUGUGUAACUGUUCAGUGCUAAUGCUGCAAAUUGACUGACGGCUCUAUAUCAAAGACCACUGUUGUCCACACAAACCACAGGCUACCACUUGAGAUUGGGGCGUACCACAAACCACAUGGGAUAAAUAGCUAACAAAUAUAACUACCACUGGGUGCCAUCAUAUACACAGAGGGAGGAGGUGUUGGACAUAUUAACUAUAUUGUUUUUAUUAUUGUUGAGUAUGUACUGGUUUUAUAAAUAUUGUUUUCAUUUCGUUUGCAGACCAAAUAAAGUGAACCCUGUUUAA